GGACUAGAAUAUUUUGUCUUACUCGAUAACGCAGUCGACUUUAUUUUGUGCCACAUGCGUCUCUCGCGUUGGGCUUGGAGGUGUGGGCUGGGCACGACAUUGAACACCAAUCGACGGGUAUAUGAUUGGCUUCCAGUUAAGACCGAAAGCAGGUCCCCGUCGCGGCAUCUGCAGUAUAUCUGCUCUCGGCGAACGAUUUCUCAGGCCGUGCUCCCACAACACCAUGCCGUCCCACGUCCAGUUCUCUGAUCUCACCUGGAUGGUGUCCAUUACCGGCUGAUCUCAAGAUGCGAGAUACAGCAGAUCCAGAGCGCCGGCCGAGGAGGCGGUGCUCAUUGCGGGUCUCCCAUCAUCGUCUCUGCAGGUUCUUGCAGUAUUCGAGUACUCGAGUCCCUUCUUGGAGUUUCAAUGCAGGAUGGCUGGUUUGGCCUUGAUCGACGGGUCGUGUAUACGUUGCCCUGCGCCGGACACUUUCCCUUUGCUUUUCGAGCAGCGUACGGUGCGGUGCUGUGCUGUGCUUAGGAUAUCGUGCUGUAGUGUGCCCAGUGAGUCUUUACCGGCAGCCAACGAACAAACGGUGCAUGGAUGGUACUUGUAGUCGUGGCGUGCGGCACAUCUCGUGGGAUAGCAAGAGGCACGAGAUACUUCAGAGAAGGCGUAAAAAGGAAGUUCUGGCGAUGUUUGAUGGAAGUUUGGUAGAAGUUUGGUCGUCACCAUCUGCCCUGGCCUGGCUGGUGGUGGUGUUGUGUUUUCUGAUCACCACUGCACACCACUGACCCGCAGCACCGGGAUUGACCAAUCGCUGGCCGUUCGGCUCCUUGCCGCCUCUCCCGCCCUUCGUUGCAGGGAUGGGGAAAAUCGCUUCAUCAUUGCAACCCACAACCACCACCACUCCCCCACGACAUCAACAUCUCGCUCCCCCCUUUCUCCACCCCAAAGCAACGUCGCUUAGCGUUUCUUUUCUCUUCCCAUGGCCACCACGUCAACCGUGCAACAUCACGCAACACCACUCCCUUUCUGGUGCCACCUCCGUCUGCCUCGUCUCCAUACUCUAAGUCUCUUACUGCUGUUGUCACAUCGUCCCCAAUAGCCUUGUGUUCCAGCUCCUCUAUUGAACGCCACUUUUUUCGUCCGAACUCCAGCAUAUUUCCAUGGUUCCCUGUCUUCAUAUCCAGUGUGGACGGUUACUUGCAGGCAUAAUAAAGAGACUCGGGAACCACUAACUCUCUAAGAUGACGAUGCUAUACGGGUGUUCCCUCGGGAAACGAGAUGAAUUUGAACCAGGUCCUGUAUGUCGAUCCGCUUCCACUGUCUUGCUUAUGCUUUUGAUUGCUUCAAUAUGUCUUGAUGCCAUGUGGGAGACGACAGAAUCUGAAUAAUCAACAUGUACCCACGAGCUUGCAAACUCGUGGGGAGAAAAACUUAUGUAGGUCUCACGUCACAUCUGUCACAUAUCCUCAUUUUCUGCUUCAGUUUCAUCGUUGAAAUUCUGAUAUAUAUCACGACAUUGGUUUUUCAAAUCACAUAUCAUUUCGAUCGAGCGAGUCCUCGUGGCAUUACACGUGUGAAUAAGCCAUCCUCUCACUCCUCUCCGCUUUCACCUUAUGAAUAUACCUAGACAACUUGCAGAUCUUUCUUGAAUCAGUAUCAUCAUGUUUGACGUUCACUACACCGACCCUUCGAGGGAGACCGUGGGCCAGCGUAAGAUCCGAAAGGAAAGCAAGACAAGUGAAAUAUCACGAGGAUCAUCCAUAAGAAGUUCAAACUCAUCCGAAUCCUCCCAAAGCCAUACUCGACCAGCCCUAUUAUCACUCUUUGGAGGAGGGAGUAGCAAGCGAGGUGGACUCACAAGGACCGGAUCACAGUCAAAGCUUUCUGCACUGAAGAAUGGGGAUGCAAGUAAAGCUGCAAGGAGGAUAUCAAGCUAUACGGUGGCCUCGGACUCGUCCGUUCGUGAUUUUACUGAGCCUUCGGCAAAUCAAGCAUCUGCAAAAGGCACAUUCUCCUUUGAUCAAGAUACUGACUUGUCUUGUGCAUCCGAACGUAAGUUUCCGUUUGCAUUUUGUUGAAGACCUACGUAUACUAAAUUUUCGACAGCGGCAGAAUCAGUUUUUUCAGGAUGGACGGGACGAUCAUCAAAUACAAACUCGACUUGGGGAUCCGUGGUGAACUCGCCGACUACCAAAUCCCAUCUUAUUCAACCUCUAAGUCCAACUUCCAUCAUCGGUAGAGGUCCUGAUGUAUCGACUCUGCCGAGAGAAAAUGCAAGUUUAGCAGGACAGGUGGCAACUGUUGUCACCAUACCACCCAGAAAAACAAUUCCAAUUCAGGGUGGAGAUUCUCCUACAGAUCCGUAUGUCCAGUAUCCCGAGUAAAGAGCCGAUGGUACUAACAUGUUCAAGAGCACGUAAUUCGGCCACAUUUGAUUUUCCAGUACCACACUUCUUUCUACCAGAGAAACAAUCUACACCAGCUAAGAAAAUCUUUGAUCUUAAUAAUCCACCACCAACACCUCCCCCAGCAUUUUCGGUUCCUCCUCUUCCUCGACUUCCUAUCAGGACAGACUCGCACAGACCACCGAUGCGUUGGGCCGAACAGAGAAGACCAGAAGAUAUUCCUGUUCCAAAAUUACUUCAACCUCCCAUCAAAUUGACAAAUGUCAAAAGACAAAGACCCGUUCGACUGGUACACUCACAUCUUCAAAAGGGUAUUCGAAGAAUGGAAGCAGCAAGCUCUAAAAUCGUCCUCGAACGUCUGAAAGAAGAAUGGGUAGAGGUUGCAGAUGCCUCUGUCUACCGAGAACUGGAAUUGGAGAAGCAGAGAUGGAUGCUCUUCGCACUACGAGAUUUGAAAACAACACGAUUAGGCCCUCAAAAUGAGACUUCGACGAUCCAGCUUACCACAGCUGGAGCCACGAAAGUUUUAUCUCUGUAUGAAAAUCAUGGUAAGAUCCCAUCCGAUAUUCUAGAGUGCAUACUGAUGUAGAACAGCAUCCGCAUCCUUCCUCUCCGCCCUUUCAAGUCCCAGCACCGAAGUCCACCACCUCAGCAAAUCGCCCCUCUCCCCAAAACCAUACCCUAAUAUCCAUCCUCUCGCUGUCCCAGAUUUGAACACCCCACUCCCAUACACAAACAACACCUUCACAUCCAUCCACGCAUUCUCCCUCCCCGCCCAAUUCCCCGCUUCUUCCAUCCCAGGACUGUUGAAAGAGUGUCACCGCCUCCUCACACCUUCCCCUCCAUCUCCAACCAAUCCAUCCCUAGCACCUGACUCCCUAUCACCGCCCUCUCCCAGCUUCCCCAUAAGACCAGAGGGCAUUCUCCAUCUCACAAUCAUCGAUCCCUGUCCCCUCCCAUCUACUCUCGGUCCCCUGCUCCGAACAUGGCUAGACAGCCACCUCCUCCUGAACCUCGAAAAACAAUUCCGGUGCAUCAACCCCAGCCGUCUUUUCCCCGAAUGGCUACGCGACGCCGGUCUUCGAGCAGAAGGGAGUUGUAUUCUCACCGUUCCAUUCCUCGCUGUCGUCGAUGGCGCACAGGCGGAAUCGAUCCUACUCUCCAAUCACCAUAAUUCCUCUUACCCUUCCACCCCCUCUCCCUCUUCAUCCUCCGAUAACUCCCCCACCACCGAAACAGACGGCACCAGGCCCAUCCAAGAAACUGAAACACAACAUGUCCAAAUCUAUAAAAACGACAUCAUCAAGCAAGAACUGAAAUCCGUCGUGGGAAGGAUGUUAUGGAAGGAGAUGUGGGGGUCGUUUGUGGAAGCGCGGGGGUGGUGGUGGGAGGAUGAGGGAAUCGUGGAGGAGUGUGUGAGGUUGAGGACGUGUUGGGAGUGGAGUGUUGUGGAUGCUGUGAAGGGGUGAUUUGCCUUCUCAUAUCAAGUAAAUAACUGUAUGGAUGAUGGAUGGAUAGAGAUAUUUCUUUUGUGAUUAUUGUGAUUUUCGGGUGUUAUGGGUGUUGGGGGUAUUAAAAGUUUUUACUGUAUAGGAUGUGAAAAUGGGAGUGUGAGGUCAUUUUGGACCUGAUCGGAUCAGAGCAUAGUAGAGUAGAGAAGAGAGGAGAAAAGAGGGAUGGUGUGGGUUAUUGUAGAGGGGAAAUGUAUUUUUAUCAUCUUCUUUAUUCCUUCAUCGCUUCUCGUUGCCUUUCCCUUCUUCACCUACCUACCAAUCCAAACUAACAACCUCC